CGAGGCCGGCGGGCGCCGCGCGCGGGGGCGGCCGGCAUCAUCAUGACAACAGAAAAGAGCCCAGCAGCUGACGCUGACAGCUCAGAGCAGCAGCAAGCCAAGGAGGAGGAAGGUGCUGCUGAAACACAGAAGCAAGAGGCUUCCCUGGAGGAAGGGGCUCAGCCAACACCAGAGAGGCAGCCCCAGAGGCAGAAGGCCUCCAACGGAGAAACCCCCACGCACGAGGAGCAGGGCAAGAAAGAACGUCGCGCCUCCGAGGGCCGAGGUCUCUCCCGCCUCUUUUCCUCCUUCCUCAGGAGGCCCAAGUCUCAGGUAUCCGAAGAGGACAAGGACACUGAUGCUCCUAAAGAGGCAGGAGGUGACCAGAAAGAUGCAGGAUUAGGAGCCAGCCCUGAUGAAGAUAUCUUGGUGAAAGCCCCGAUUGCAGCUCCUGAGCCCGAGCUCAAAACUGACCCAUCGCUGGAUCUCCAUUCCUUGAGCAGUGCAGAAACACAGCCUGCUCAAGAAGAGAGGAGGGACGACCAGGAGCCUUUGGGAAGAGACCUGGAGGACAGGGAAGAAGGAGAAGCAAAGCAAGAGGGUGCCAAGCCAGAACUGAAGCCAGAGUCUCUGGAGACUAAAGCAGACAAGGAUUUGAAAGCUGCCCCAAAAGUAGUGAAAAGACACAGGAACAUGUACUGCAAAGUUGUCUUGCUGGAUGACACCAUUUUUGAGUGUUCUGUGGAUAAACACACCAAGGGACAGGAUCUACUUAAAAAAGUCUGUGACCAUCUCAAUCUGCUGGAAGAAGACUACUUUGGUUUGGCCACAUGGGACACACCAACCUCCAGGACGUGGCUGGAUCCUGCCAAGGAAAUAAAAAAGCAGGUUCAUGGAGGCCCCUGGGAUUUUACCUUCAAUGUCAAGUUUUAUCCACCAGAUCCCGCCCAGCUGACAGAGGACAUCACCAGGUAUUACCUGUGUCUGCAGCUCAGACAGGACAUCCUGACAGGGCGGCUGCCCUGCUCCUUUGCCACCUUGGCUCUGCUGGGUUCCUACACUGUCCAGUCAGAGUUGGGAGACUAUGAUCCUGAUCUCCAUGGCCCAGAUUACAUCAGUGAAUUCAAACUGGCCCCAAACCAGACAAAAGAGCUUGAAGAAAAGGUUGUGGAACUCCAUAAAACAUAUAGAUCCAUGACUCCAGCCCAAGCAGACCUGGAAUUUCUUGAGAAUGCAAAAAAGCUGUCUAUGUAUGGAGUCGACCUUCACCAAGCCAAGGACUUGGAAGGAGUGGAUAUCACUCUGGGAGUCUGUUCCAGUGGCCUUCUUGUUUACAAAGAUAAACUGAGAAUCAACCGCUUCCCAUGGCCCAAAGUCCUGAAGAUUUCCUACAAACGCAGCAGCUUCUUCAUAAAGAUUCGGCCAGGGGAGCAAGAACAGUAUGAAAGUACAAUUGGAUUCAAGCUACCAAGUUACCGGGCAGCAAAGAAGCUCUGGAAAGUAUGUGUUGAACAUCACACCUUCUUCAGGCUGACUUCCACGGAGGCCAUCCCGAAGAGCAGGUUCCUGGCGCUGGGCUCCAAGUUCCGCUACAGCGGCCGCACGCAGGCGCAGACGCGGCAGGCGAGCGCCCUGAUCGACCGCCCCGCGCCCCAGUUCGAGCGCACGGCCAGCAAGAGAGCGUCCAGGAGCCUUGAUGGAGCUAAACGUGCGACUCAAAAAGUUGAGUUCAGAACCCUAGAGGAAGAGAAGCAGAAGGAGGUGGUGGUGGUUGAGGUUCCUGAACCAAAACCUGCGGAUCAGAUCCGAGAGAAGCCAGCCAAACACACUCUUGAAACUUUUGAAAUGAAACCCAUUGCAGAGGAGGAAGAGGAGGAGAAGGUAGAGGUCAUUAAGGCUCCUGUUGCCAAGCCAAAGUCAGUGGAGCUGGUGCAGCCGCGGUCAGCAGUGGCUGUGAUAACCCCAGAGCGGAGUCCCCGGCCUACCUCAGCCCCAGCCAUCGCUCAGAGCCACCCUGCAGAACCAGCCCCAGCUAAGUCCAGUGUGAAAGACGUGACAUCUAAAGUAGGAAAGGAAACAGCAAAAUCUGAUGUGAGACGUGAAGAAUUUCCCCUGGAGAAACCCGAGGAGCCAGUGGACGCCUCAAAGGUGAGGAAAACACAUAUUGAGGUCACAGUCCCCACCACGAAUGGUGCCCAGCCCCAGCAACAGCCUGCAGAAAAAGAGGAAGAGCUGAUAAGAAUGAGGAAGAAGAGAUCAAAGAGGCUAGAUGGUGAAAACAUUUAUAUCAGGCAUAGCAAUUUAAUGUUGGAGGAUCUAGAUAAGACCCAGGAGGAAAUAAAGAAGCACCAUGCCAACAUCAGUGAGCUGAAGAAGAACUUCAUGGAGUCCGUGCCCGAGCCUCGGCCGAGUGAGUGGGACAAACGUUUGUCCACCCACUCCCCGUUCCGCAGCCUCAACGUCAACGGGCAGAUCCCCACGGGAGCGGACGGAGUCAAGAAAGUCACUGUCCCAUCUUCUGAGAGACAGCCCCCGCUAGUGAAGACACAGACUGUCACCAUCUCUGACGUGUCCAGCGCCAUCAAAAGUGAAAUUCCCACAAAAGAAGUCCCUAUUGUCCACACAGAGACAAAGACCAUCACCUACGAAGCUGCACAGACAGAUGGUGGCAAUGGGGAUUUAGACCCUGGCAUCCUGCUGACUGCCCAGACCAUCACUUCAGAAACCACCAGCAGUACCACCACCACCCAGAUCACCAAGACUGUGAAAGGUGGCAUUUCAGAGACACGGAUUGAGAAGAGGAUUGUCAUCACGGGAGAUGCAGAUGUAGACCAUGACCAGGUCCUGGCACAGGCGAUCAAGGCUGCUAAGGAGCAGCACCCAGACAUGUCGGUGACCAAAGUGGUUGUGCACCAGGAGACAGAGAUUGCAGAGGAGUAAUUGGGCUGUGAAACGUUCCUGCCCAUGACAACACCAGGAAAAAGAAACCCAGCAAAACUACCAAGAAACUACCUGGAGCACAAAGACCUCGGAUUUCAGACUUGACACUCAGAGACAUUCAUAUCAUUUAUUAAGAGUUGCGCUUUGACAUUUUACUUGAGAUUUUUCUAGAGUCCACUAGAUCCUACCGGAUAUAGGGUUUUGUUUUGUUGGGUUUUUUUAUAUCUAUCGCGACAGAAAUAUGCCAUAUUUCUAACUUCUAAAAUAUUUCUAGUAUUUUUUACAGGUUUUCAGUUUUGCAUUCCCUCUCACGCAAAGCCUCUUCAGACACAGAAUCUCACCUCACAGGGCUCCCUGUUUUAACUUGUAUUCCCUCUCCCUCGUCAGGGAUAACGGAGCUGUUCCGUGCGCGUUCCCGGCGCGGGCUCUGUGUGCACCUUCACAAAGCCAUGGGUCCUUCUUCCAGGAGAGUCAGUUUAAAGAGUCAGACUUUGUGCAGCAUUUCCAAUUGCCUCUAGAUUAUUUUUGUAGCUCUGGGGAGCUCCAGCCCCGGUGCAACCCCUGGGCUGCUCUGAGCUCCCUCCCCGCUGGGUUCCAGCCCUGAUGUGUGAUCACAGUAGGGUUUUGUGGUGUAGCCUGUGCACACAUCUGAAUAGUUGACUAGAUUUAAGGAAUACUGGAAGUUGCUUCAAGUAUCUUAUACUGUGAAUUUUAGAGCUUUAAGAGGAUAGCAUCUCGCCUUCUUCCCGUGUGUCUCUGCUGAGUGCUCCCCACCUGUUUGUGUUUUCUAGAUGCCAUUACAUUAAAAAGCCCUUAGAAGUGUGUGUUUAAGGUGUUUGGACUCGGGAUGCUAUUAAGGUAGGCUUGUGCAGCAUUCACAGGAACUGAGCUUUUCAAUGUCAUAGUUUUUCACUUGUUUGUGUUCAUGAUUUUUAAAUUACGGAGGGGUUUUUUGGUUUUUUUUGUAAGUCAUGGGUUGGGUUUUUUUCCUCCCCUCACAGUGCUAUUUAAAGCUGAACACGUUACCCAUUUCUCAGAGCAUGUAUCCUACUAGCAUUUAAUUUAAACUCCUUUAGACAAUCCUUCCUAGGCCUGCAAGCUGUAUUUGGAGAGGCUGAACAAGGAAUUUUAGGAGGUGUCAGGUGUUGCUGAUUGUGAAAGAGCCAAACCACAUGGGAAGUGUUGACAUUCCCUCUUCCACACUGGCCUGCGGGUCUGGAUUUGCCUUCAUGACCCCCUUGCUGGAAGGAAGUAUCAGGGUGAUUGUCUAAAUCUUGAGGUUGAGCUUACAGACCCCCAGGGCCAUCUCCAGCACAGAGGGGAUGAUGCAAAAACAUGAUUUCAGGGGCUGGAUGUGCUCCCAUUUCUGCUCUCUAAGCUUCAUGGGAAUGUUCUUGCCUGGUUUGUCCUUCCACCACUUAAAUUCAAGAAGUAAAAAACCAACCAAGCGCUGUAAAGAGUCUGCCCAGACACUUGUGAACACUUUAGUCCACUUGAGGUUGUGAUUUUUUUUUUCAUGUAUAAAUAUACAUAUAUAUAUAUGUAUAUAUAGUGUGGCACAGUGGUAGCUGAGGGCAAGGAGUGCUCUGCUCCUCAGGAGAGGAUGGGAAAAAAAUGGCAAUAAAGAGAAAAGCUCUCCAGUUUUAAAUUUGAAUCAUGUAUUUCAGAAGUCACUGGAUUUAGCUCAGGCUGCAAUGACUGCACUGUUUAGCUGCAGCCAGCCCUGGAACUACACUGAGGCUGGUGCAGCUUCUCAGCUUCAGGUGCAAUUUUAAUUAAGCUAUCAGUAUUGAUUAGAGACUCUGCUGGAGCUGCUGGAUUUUGUCUGUCUUUGAGCCUUGCUGGCCCUGGUCCUGCUCAGCCUCCAGCCCUCCUGUGCCUCAGCUGCCUCUGGGCUGCUCUGGUGCAGGUUUCCCUCCUGGGACGCUCUGCCUCCCUCGGGCAUCCUGCUCUGGGGAUUGAGGGAGUCCUGGGCUCUGGUGCAGAGAUUAAGUCUUCCUAUCCAUGUCUGCAAAACCCUUCCUUAUUCUGCCACGCAGGCCCUGGCAGAGGCUCUGCUGUCCUCAGCUGCGUUGGGUAAUGCUUGCCUUAAACACCCAUCAUGCUGAGCACCCUCUGCCACUGCCCUUUUUCUGGAAAUUGAGUUCUUUGCCACUCAAUCCUUCCAUCUCAUUUGCAACAGACACCUGAAGAGUGAAGGGGCACAUGGAGCAGUGGCUGAGAGGAUUUCUGGGCUUUACCAGGCACAGCCAACAUGAUAAAUUAAGUUUGUCCGUAGCACUUAGAGGCACUUGGCUGUCAGGAGAGUUUAGGGGAAUGUGGUCCGUGGUGUUCCCUUGGGGUGUCCCGUGCCCUGAGCACGGUGAGUGGGACAAAACAGCCCAAGCAGGGAUUUCUGGGUGAGAAGCCUGCUGGCAGGAGAGCUGGUUCCUUUUCAAAAGGAUGUGCUCACUGUUGCUGCACAUGUCCCUUGUUAAAGGGCCUGUAGACUAGAACAACCCCAUUCUUUUUUCCUUGGAUUUUGGGUGGCUGUUUUCCAUUUUCACACUUGCCCCUGCUGAGUUCUUGCUUCUCCUGGAGUAAUUCAGACAAGUCCUGGCCUCAUGUGCCCUUUGCCAUCUCCUGCUGUGUAACCUCAGGGGUCUCCAGCCCCACUCCUGCCAACACAGUGCCCGAGCCCAGGAGCCUGGGAAGAAGAUGCAAGUUAAAAGCAGAAGAAGCUUCUCUCACCCUCAGCCAAGGCCAUGGUGGGGCUGCCCACUUCCCUUCUACCUCUGGUGGGAUUUAAAAUCCUUGGCUCUGAGCAUGCUGUGUCAGCUCUAGGGACAAACCAGCUAAGUAAGGUCUAUUUAUAUGAAUGUUCCCAGCUCUUCCCACUCCACAAAUUCACCCAGAGACUGUCUUGAUUGUAUAAUAUGCAUUAUAUGGAAGCUAUUUAUAUAUGAAUGAAUGUUUUUAUAGAAAGGAAGGCAAGGAGCUCUUGUUCUUCUCCAUUAAAUUGGAAUGGCAGCUCCGGUUGCCCAAUAGGAGUUCCUGACCAACAGAGAUGUGUUAGCAAAGGACUGACUGAUUUGAUUUUAAUAAACUGUGGUUUGCUGAUUUUCCUAAUUGUACAAUUACCUUAAGAGGUGGUAGUGUCCCAGCCUUAGAGAUGAAACUUGUAAAAAACAAAACAAAAAAAAUUAUUUAGUUGAGAAGAUGAAGGAGCUUUGUAAAAAUUUUUUAAGGCAAUUGUGAAUUGUCUAGGUUAGGCAUUUACAACUCUUUAUAAAAAUAGGAACUUUUAAAGUUGGCAAAACUUUCUAGAUCAACUAGUGAUGGGAGUUGUUAUUUUGGAUUUUCAUAGUGAAUCAAAGGGAAAGUUGCCAUAGUGUUUAGGCAGACCUAAGUAUUCAGUAUUGCUUCUUGUACUGCAUUUUUCAAUAAA